UCUGCGCUCGUGCUUCUCCUCUUUAAUAUUGUGGCCUGGAUAGAAGCUGAGGUUCAAAAGACCAUUUACUUUCCUUCUCAGAAGAUGACAUGGGACAAAGCAAGACGGUACUGCCAGACGUACUACAUAGACAUGGUCACCUGGGACACAGUGGACCCAAACCUGCUGACGACGUGGCUGCUGGAAAAAGACUUCACUAAAGUCUGGAUUGGUUUACACCAGGAUCCUGAGCAGUCAUUGGUCUGGAGGUGGAUCGACGUUAAAACUGGUGAAGGCUUGACUGGUGAUGACGUCUCUGGCAGCAGGGACUGGCUCUUGGGACAGGCAGUCGGUGCCAGCUGUGGCUCCUACAACAGCAUCACCAAAAAGUGGGAAAACGCCCUCUGCUUUUUAGAGAUGUCCUUCAUCUGCUAUGCUGACAACCUGGUUGUAGUGACUGAGAAUAAGACAUGGGAGGAAGCUCUGGAUCACUGCAGGGAAAUGACAAAUGGGUCCUUCAAAUACGACCUCCUGAGCGUUACCAACGCGUCUGACUACGGCUACGUCAGCGACCGGAUCUACGGAGCCACCACCAACGAGGUUUGGACAGGAUUGCGUUUCCUGGGAGGGGAGUGGUGGUGGUCGGACAGAGAGACGUUGGACCACCAGGAGAUGCUGCCGGACUGUCCGAGCCAGUGGCAACACUGUGGCACCUUCUCCAAAUAUAACACAACUAGCUGGACCAGCAGGGACUGCUCAGAAAGAAGAAACUUCAUCUGCUCUUAUGAAGAAAUUGUAAGUCAGGAGGAAAAGCAGGAUUCUAAAUCUGGAUAAGUCCAUGCUUGCUUUCUGCAUACGCAGGCUUUUGUUCUGAUAGACGAAUCGUAUUUAUUAGAAAAGUUCAGAAAUGUCAAAAAUGCAAUUUUUUAAAACUCACACAGGGAGAUCAGGGAGGUCAUAUCACCUGCAUGAAUUACGGCUGAUUUCAGGGCUGAGAAACAUCCUUUGGAUGAACAUUCAUUGGGAACAAGCUUGACUUAUGUCAUUAAAUCUGACCCGUGGGUUUCUUUCAUACAGCCGCACUGGGGCGCAGUGGUUAAGAUUUUCUGCAGCAAUAACUUUGCAUGUUCUUCCAGUAUGCAUUCUCAAAGGACACUCCGAUAUGUGCAUGUUAGGUGACUUGGUCUUUCUCGAGUGAGCCUGGCUGUUUCUAUUGCGUGCAGAUUUCAACUUUAUUAAAUACAACUCAGUUAAGCUUAAUUUAGUUUGACUAUACUGACUCAAAGUGAACUUAAUUGAAACCCAUUGAGUUCAUCUGAACUGAACUGAAUUAAUGCAAGCUAAUGUUUUUUUUUAUUAAU